CUUACUAUCAAAUUAUCUUUGGCAGACUAAAGACUGUCACAGCACGAGCUUCUUUGCUUUCUGUCACGGCCUCACAAUCAGAGACUUCGAUAGUUGAGAAUGUAUCUGUACGAAGAUGGUGAACGGUCUGUGUAUACAUGGAACGCUGUGGACGUAGAGAUUGACGGUCUGCUACAGCACGGCCACGUUAUCGGCCUGGAAGAAACCCCAGGAAGUCCGCCGCGCCUGGUUGUCGAUUUCGCGUGCCCGACACAGCGAUCCGUGCCAGUGGAAUACGAGAGGGUUGUCGCCUGCUCCGCCGAUCACUACCGUCUUACACCCGCGGGAUCCGAUGUGGAGGUGCUGCUGUUCGAACACCCCCAUCGUCCCUGGAAAUGGUUUCCCGGGACAGUUCUCAUUGACAGCUUUACGUACUUAAGUAGAUGCGCCAAGCUGGUAGAGGUGCAGACAGAUGGACAUGGUAUGCGCGAGCUCCUUCCCAGGCACCAGGUUCGCCGCCCUUUUUCCUUGGAAGAAAUCCAACAAAGGCGUCUUCAACCGGGACAUUUCGUACUGCGAACGUGUGGUCUGCCCGACGGUUUUUGGGCCUUGAAGCGGUCGUUGACAGAACAAUGGAUCAAGGAACUUCAACACGAGUUCCAGCUCUGGGUGACAUCCAUUCUCAGUGGGGAAAUGCACUACCUGCAACAACGCGACGUUCGUCCCUUGACGGCUGAAGAUGCAGAGAGAUGCUUAAAAAACGAGCGACGGAACUUCCGACACGAGCUUAAGCGCUUGCGUUCUAAAGAUGUUGAAAAAGUGCUCGACGAGCCCCAGGACGAAACACGAUUCGACGCCGGCAGUCGCGGUUUGCCGUUUGAAGUGCUGAAGGAGGUCUUCCAUUCACUGGACACCAUGGACCGACAGUGCUGCCGACGCACCUGUCAUCUGUGGGAAGCCUUGCUCUCUACCGCCGAGCUGCGCGCCGAGGUUCGUGUGUCGUUGGCACGAAUAAGUUUUUGGUCACCACGAAUUCAGUACGCGGUAUUCGGCUGCAUCAUGAAGCACAUCACGCCGGCCACCCGCACCGUCGUUGUUUGUCAGCAUUCAUUGGAGAGCGUCGAUCUGCAGCGGUUCAGGUAUGACGAUCAACCGUUGACCUUCCUUGAGAAAACGUUGAAUGACGUCGGCGUCCGUAUCGACCGUUUGAUCCUGUACCGGCGAACGACAACCAUCAACUUCUAUUUAAAUGAGCCGUUGAAACUGAGAGUGAUGUUUGCGAUGAUAGCCGCUCAGCAUACACGGCUAGCGUCCUCUUGCGGACGCGUGAUAUGGAAAGAUUAUGCGGUGAAAUGGAAAUCGUGCUGCCAUAAGAGCGUCAUGGAAUGCUGCGUUCCGUCUGUGGUCUUCAUCUUGGGAAACGAUGCCAGCGCCGCCAAAGUGCAGAUCUGGGAUGUGUGCGAGAGGCAUCUGUGUGACACCAAGCCAGCGAUAGACGUUGAACGCAUUGCCAACUGCACCACGCAUCUGAUUAUUACCGAAACGAGAGCCAAUCAAGUGAAACAGAUUUUGAAGGAUUAUCAAACCUGCGAUCCACGUCCAUCGGCGCAUUACCGUGGUUACAAAUGGACACUGUCAAAUGUGGCCGGCGUUGACGUCCGCAAGCUGAACAAAUUCUGCUUGCAUGUCUUGUGGCACCGGAUGCGGCGCUGGCGUUUGACAUCCACGGAUCAGGGUACUGUGCAGAAUGCGAUUCAAGAGUCAGUUCCGAGUUCAAAGAGGAGUGAAGAAGAAGCCGAUUGACCUUGUCUAGCGAACUGAUUAGUUUGUUGUGUAGUUGCUUCUGACAGAACAGUAGGGUAACCGUUUCGUUUUGACUGACUGGGAUAGUUUCCUCG